AAUAUUUGCAAUGGCGUCUUAUGGUCUGUCGCUGCUGGUAACAUGGAUUGUAGCGUACAGCAGUUUUAUCCAAUUAGAGGCAGCACCUUCGAGUUGCUUGGACAAUUUCUUUAUGGACUGUUCAUUACUACAACCAGAAAUGUGCUCACAUGACUGCGUGGCUAAUGAAUUAUGUCCAGGCUUUUGUAACAAGUGCCGAAGAAAAUGCUACAAAUGUGACGCCGUCGACAGACCAGAGGACUGUCACAAUACCACUGUAUGUGAAGCAGACCAGGUCUGUAUUGUAACUCAAACUUUUACUGAAUCCCUGGAGGAAAAAUUCAGGUUAGGAUGUGUCGACAAAAGUAUCUGUAUGAGUCUUUACGGUAGUGUACAGUCCAAAAGGUCUAUAUCAUUUGAUGGCGGAUGUUGUGAUCACAACUACUGCAACAAACAUGACCCGGAUGUCACCACCAUUUAUCCAAUGACAGAAAGGGUAACCACGCCUGCAGCAUCACCUUUAGAACUCUGUCAAGAUAUUGAUACCAAGUUCUGCGCCCAUGGCGGGAGAAAGGAAUGUCAUAUGUCAUGUUUUGAAAAGAUGUGUCCUGUCACGUGUGGGAAAUGCUUGGACUGCCGUAGUUGCUCUGUGGUUGACAACACAGAAGAUUGUAACAUCACCAAAACGUGUAAUCAAUCCGAGGUGUGUAUUGCAAUUGAAACCAGAGAUACACAAACGCAUCGAAAGGUUAAACUAGGCUGUGUUAGUAAAUCAACUUGUGAUCAUUACAAUUUCACUGUCAGAGAAACUCCAGACACUUCCAGAAUCAGUCAUGUAGACGGUUACUGUUGUAAUACUACGAACUGUAACUCAAAGCCCCUGCCUAGUCCGGAAUCUACGACUAUAGCAACUACUAGUACUACCACCCCUAGCCCAGAACCAAAUCCACGGUGUCCACAUCAGAUCCAUGGAUGCCCACCUCACUUUGAUAAGAUUCUGAAUUCCUGCUAUCAAUUUUACCACACAAAAGACACUCAUGAUCAUGCAAAUCGCUAUUGUCAUGGUAGUUGCACUAGACCUGUCAUCAUCAGUAGCACGGACGAGGCACGAGCUAUUACUCAGCACAUCCUCCAAAAUCACUUACCUGGGCCCUAUUGGACAGAUGGAAUUCAACAUGGCAGCCACUUGGUGUGGAAGUCUACCCAAAUGGAAGUCAUGAGUUCCCUCAUUAACCCGCAUAUGCUUCAGUACAAUCACACGAAGCAGUGUCUGCAGUUUGGGAAGGAAACUCAUGAUCAAUUUAGUCCUAACGGACAUUUUUAUUUGGACAGAAAACCAUGUGGAGAAAAUUUUUAUACAAUUUGUGAAUAUGCUCUUAAGUAAAGAAUUCAAUACUG